CCAAGGGGCGGCCCUCGUUCCGCGCCCGCCGGAGCCGGCCCCGGGGUGGGGGCGGGCAGCGUCCUGCGCCGCGCCGAGCAUGCGAGAGCCGGCGAGCCGGGCUGCAGCGGCCGCGGUGGCGGAGCCAUGCUGCUGGCCUCGGCCGUGGUGGUGUGGGAAUGGCUGAACGAGCACGGGCGGUGGCGGCCCUACAGCCCGGCCGUCAGCCACCACAUCGAGGCUGUGGCCCGCGCCGGGCCGCGGGCAGGCGGCAGCGUGGUGCUGGGCCAGGCCGACAGCCGCCUGGCGCCCUACAUCAUCGACCUGCAGUCCAUGCACCAGUUCCGCCAGGACACGGGCACUAUCCGACCUGUCCGGCGCAGCUACUAUGACCCAUCUUCAGCGCCAGGCAAGGGAGUUGUCUGGGAGUGGGAGAAUGACAGUGGGACGUGGACGCCCUACGACAUGGAUGUGGGUAUCACCAUCCAGCGUGCCUACGAGAAGCAGCACCCUUGGGUGGACCUGAGUGCCAUUGGCUUCUGCUAUGUCAUCGACUUUGCCACCAUGGGCCAGAUAAACCGUCAGACCCAGCGCAAGCGCCGUGUUCGCCGCCGCCUUGACAUGGUCUAUCCUCUGGUCUCAGGCACCCUGCCCAAGUCACAGUCCUGGCCGGCCAGCCCUGGUGCGGCGGCAGCCCCCCCAGUUCCAGCCUGUGCCUGUCCCCAGUGUCUCCUGGUCAUGAGUGUCAAAGCCACUGUGUCAGCUGCUGGCUCUGGCACUGCCACCCUGCAGACCCGCAAAGUCCCCCCUGUGCCACCCGCCACCUCCAAAGCAGCAGUGCCAGCCCCGGGGGCCAAGGCACCCGACAGCGUGGCUGCGGUGCGUGGCUCACUGAAGCCGCUGGCAGCCCAAGGCAGCCGGCGGCAGGCAGCCAGCACGCCGGCCUUGAGCUCAGCCAGCGCCACCGCCAGCCCCCCUGGCGCGGGCAGCAGCAAAGCUUCCCGCCCUGGCCUCAGCACCCUGAACCGCAGCCACCUCCAGCGCCUGGCCAUUGCCCAGUCCCGUGUCCUCAUUGCCUCUGGGGUCCCCACCGUCCCUGUGAAGAACCUCACAGGCUCUAGCCCCGUCAACCCAGCACUGGCAGGGAUCACAGGGAUCCUAAUGAGUGCAGCCGGGCUACCCGUCUGCCUGACGCGGCCCCCCAAGCUGGUACUGCACCCCCCUCCUGUCAGCAAGAGCGAGAUCCAGUCCAUCCCUGGCAUCUCCCACUCUUGCCGCAAGACCACCAAGAAACAGGCCAAGAAGGGUAAAACUCCAGAGGAAGUACUGAAAAAAUACCUGCAGAAGGUGCGGCACCCGCCGGAUGAGGACUGCACCAUCUGCAUGGAGCGCCUCUCCGCACCCUCUGGCUACAAGGGACCCCAGACAGCCAUCAAGCCUGACCUGGUGGGGAAGCUGGUGAAAUGUGGCCAUGUCUUCCACCUCCACUGCCUGGUCGCCAUGUACAACAAUGGCAACAAGGAUGGAAGCCUGCAGUGUCCCACCUGCAAAACCAUCUACGGGGUGAAGACGGGGACACAGCCCCCAGGGAAGAUGGAGUAUCACAUUAUCCCUCAUGCGCUGCCUGGCCACUCUGACUGCAAAACCAUCCGCAUCAUCUACAACAUUCCCCCAGGGGUGCAGGGACCGGAGCACCCAAACCCUGGGAAGAGCUUCACCGCCCGUGGCUUCCCGCGGCACUGCUACCUGCCGGACAGCGAGAAGGGCAGGAAGGUACUGAAGUUGCUGCUGGUAGCCUGGGACCGGCGCUUGAUCUUUGCCAUUGGGACCUCCAGCACCACAGGCGAGUCAGACACAGUGAUCUGGAACGAGAUCCACCACAAGACAGAGUUUGGCUCCAACCUCACUGGCCACGGCUACCCCGACAUCAACUACCUGGACAAUGUCCUGGCUGAGCUUGCGGCCCAGGGCAUCACGGAGGAGAGCCUGGCACAGGAGAAGGACUGAGACUGCAGCAGUGAGGCCAGGGAAGGGACACCUGUGCCACUCCCAAGGAUAAACCUGCUGGGGAAACCCACCUGUGUGCUUUGCAGGGAGCACCUUGAACCCCUGCUCCUAGUGGCACCCACCCAGUGAGAGCAUCUGUAGACUGGCUGGGAAUCUGAGAGAAGGUCCUUUUGGACAUCCCGUUUGCUCCUGUGGGAAAGCCUUGCCCUGCAGAGCUGCAGGGCUUCACGCUGGCCCUGCCAUCCCCUCUGCCUGGUGUCCUGUCCCACUGCUGCUGUGCCAGGGGCUUGGGGGGUGCCAGAUUCCCCUCUCGUCCAUGGAUGGUCUGAGCCUGGCUUCAUGCCCCUGACAUCCAUCUGGAGUUGGGACCUGGCCUGGGGUGGGAGCGGGGCCAUGGGAGUCCCCCUUGCUCUGCCUCUUCCCUCAGCCAUCUGUUUGUUCAUUUGUCCUGUCCGGUACCUCCCCACUGGUCUCCUGUGUCCAUGGAGGUUGGGGGCCCCGGUCUGCUCUGGCUGGCCCCUAGCCCUGUGCCCUGUUCUCUUGGCUGUGUCUGAGCUGUGCCCUGCAGGGUUCCCUUGUCUGGGCUGCUCCCGUCCUGUGCCAGGGAGGGAAGGGCGGGGGGGACACACGCAUGCUUCCUGGCCCAUCUCCUGCCCUCCCUUUAGUGGGUUCCUUGAACUGUUCGUAUGGGGGAAUCCCCGCGGUGAAUUUUUAUAUACCUCGUGUUUGGGGGUUUUCGUAUAUAUGUACAUAUAGGUGAUGGCAUUCUGUGAGGUUGCCUGGGGGGGAGAAUGCGAUGCUGUGGCCAGGCUUGGUGGCACUUGGGGUGGUGAGGGGACAGGGGCAGCACUGCUCCCCUACUGUGGAGACCCCCACCCCAAAGAGGGUCUGUGCCCCAUGGUGGGGCUGUCACCUGUGGGUCCCCAUGGGGCCAGGCGCAGGUGGGAAUCAUUUCCCCUUCCUGCUAGGUCCCAGGCCCAUCCCCAGAGACCCCUGAGGGAGGAGGCAGCCAGUAGUUAAUUGUCACUGGUUUUGGGCUGGGGCCAGGGAGGGUGGCAUGGGAGGACAUUAUGGGUGAUGGGCUGUUCCAUGGGCAUCUUGGCGUUCCUGCCAGGCCCUGGCCACUUCAUAGGGCCUCUCAGAGCCACCUGUGAGAGGGUGCUGGGGAGGUGCUGGCAGUUCUGGGAGUCCUGUGGGGCACUCCCUAUCGGUGGGGUUGACGAUGUUCAUGUCCCUGUCCCACAAGGCCCUGGGGUUAGAGAGUGGAGCGGGAGGCAGUCCCAACCACUGCCCGUGCUGACCCCAGUCCUGCACUGCUGCUCCCAGGGCUUUGGGGCUUCCUUGCCCAUUUUGUUGCAUUCCCCUCCUGGUUUUCCUGGGGGGUCGCCUCACCCCCCUGUCCCUGGGGACAAAGCUGCGGGGGGGGGGGGGGGGCUGUCCUGCUGUGCAUCGUUCUGUUGUCGUGGCUGUUUUAACUCUCCCCUGCCUGGGGGUGCGUUGGCCCCCGCCAGCCGCCCCACGGAGCGAGGGCUGGGGGUCAAUAAAGCGGAUGGCGGGGAUGCUCGCUGUCCCUGCACGG